GCGCGGUUGUUGUCAAAGGAACACGAACAUGUGCUUUCUUUUGUCCAGCCUUUGUUGCUCAUUGUGGCGGACUGUGACUUUCCACUUGUCACCACGAUGGCUUCCAUCGCUUGCUCAGGAAUCACUCACUGAGCUGGCGAAGAAUCAUGACGUAAAAAAGGCGACCUGAUCAGAUCUGUUGAAAGGAAAAAAAUUGGUGCCUUCUUAGAGCAUGGGGGCAUCCCAUUCUUCUUGGUGAUGUUCCACAAUUUGUUCGGCUCUUGUUCACCACCAUAAUGCUUGAUUUCUUGCGGAUGUUGAAUUUUUGGGCUGUGUCCAACUUCCGAAGGGAGGUCCAGACAGACUUUGAUUGUUUGGCCAAGUGAACUCUUGUGUAAUUUUAUGUAAUUUCUAUCCUUGCUUUGGCCUGCUUUGGCUUGUCAUGUUGCGAGAUAGUCUGUUAUUCGGCCUGAGUGCUCAAGUCCACAGCCAUCUCAGCAGCAGCCUAUACCUCUGGUGCAGACUUCUUUCACCGAUGACACCAAAGUCGCUCGUGACCUUCGCAACUGCCCUUGCCAUUGCAGCUACCAUACAGUCCCUACAGGGCUGUGGCAGUGAUGAUAGUUCUCCAGCUACAUGUGACGGCCUGGGAUUGGAAUCUUGCAACAGGGCCAGAAACGACACUCUGGGUGACUGCAACUUCGCGAAGGAAACAUUUGCAUGCAUCACGAGCAGCAAUUGCUGCAGCGAGCUAGAAGGCACUUCCGUGAUCCCGGACUACCUGAGACGUGCCCGCAAUGAUGACCCAACGUGCGAUGCUACAGAUCCGUGCGCAUAGAGCCUGCUAGGACCACGCUUGAUGCGAAUCACUACAUUUUGUUUUUCAAGGAUUGAGAUGGCUUGACAACGCCUAGACUACUUCAUAGUCUACAAUGAGCAACAGUACCUAAAA